AUGGCCGGCGCGGAGACGGAGACGGCCCAGCCAGCAGACGGCGCCGAGUACCGCCAGUACCUGCCCGACCUGACCACGCCGCGCUUCACGGCCAUGCAGAAGCAGGACGCCCACGAGUACGCCGAGGAAUUCAUAAAUGGCGGCAGGCCGCCGUGGCUGCAUGCCCUGUACCUGCACUGGCGCAACCUGUUCCAGGAGCCCUUCAAGGGCGUCACCAACGACGGCCAUGUGCGUCCCGGCCUGUUCACGCUGCAGGACGAGGGCAUGCCCAUCGACGACAUCGUGGCGGCGGCGCGCGCGCUAUUUAGCAAGCUGUCGGCCGAGCAGCUGGCGGCUGUGCAGUACCACGUCGACUCGCCCGAGUGGCGGUCGUGGUCCAACCCCGAGUUCCUGCUCAGCGACAAGGGCGUGCGGCUAGACGAGCUGGCGCGCGACGCCCGCGACGCCGCCCUGGCCGUGGUGGCCGCCACGCUGUCGCCCGAGGGCUACGCCAAGGCCGUGGCCGCCAUGCGCAUCAACGGCUUCCUAGGCGAGCUGGUCGGCGCCCCGCGCGUCUGCAACGAGUUCUCGUACAACCUGGUGCUGUUCGGCGAGCCGUCGGCCGAGCAGCCCUGGGGCUUCUCCUUCUACGGCCACCACCUGUGCCUCAACGUGUUCCUGUACAAGACGCAGGCCGUGCUGUCGCCGUGGUUCACGGGCGCAGAGCCCAACCUCGUCGACGCCGGCCCCCACGCUGGCACGCGCAUCCUGCAGCGCGAGGAGGCGCUCGGCCUGGAGCUGAUGCAGAGCCUGCCGGCGGCGCAGCAGGCGGCCGCGCGCAUCUUCGCCGAGCUGCGCGACCCGGCCAUGCCGCACGGCCGCUGGAACCACGACGACCAGCGCCACCUGUGCGGCGCGUACCGCGACAACCGCGUGGUGCCGUACGAGGGCGUGCGCGUGGCCGACCUGGGCGCCGCGCAGCAGGCGCUCGUCGAGCGCAUCCUCGACGAGUACCUGCUGUACCUGCCGGCGCGGGCGCGGGCGCUGCGGCUGGCGCAGCUGCGCGCCUGGUUCCGCGAGACGUACUUUUGCUGGAUCGGCGGCUUCGCCGACGCCGACGCCUUCUACUACCGCCUGCAGAGCCCCGUCGUCGUCGUCGAGUUCGACCACCACUCGGGCGUCUUCCUGACCAACACGGACCCGGCAAAGUUUCACAUCCACACGCUGCUGCGCACGCCCAACGGCGGCGACUACGGGAUGGCGCUGCGGCCGUUGAUAGCAGGCGUCGAGCAGGCGUUUAUCUGGGAAGGCUAG